AAGCGGUGCGACGCCCGAACCCCAUCCCUUGUUUCUCCUGCAGGCUUCCUGCAAAUCGUGAAGGCGAUCCGUGGGGAGAAGGGGGGAUUUCUACUUGGGAAGCCUGUUUUUAUUUCCUCGCUUCAACCAGACCUGUAGUUUCCAGAUCAGCCCAUCUUGGAGAACAUGGAGGACACAUCACCCCAUUUCUCAGAAUGCAGAAUUGGGCCUCCGUCUGUAUCCAGAAGAAAGGGAAGGAAAAUGGCUGCAGUCAGAUCAGCUCAGAAACGAGUCAGCUUUGAAGACGUGGCCAUGUAUUUCACAAAAGAGGAGUGGCACCUGCUGGAUUGGAGCCAAAGAUUAUUGUAUAAGGAGGUUAUGAUGGAAAACUAUGAGAACGUGGCCUAUCUUGAUGACUGGCGGAAAACAAAUUCCUGCAGCAAAUGUGGGAAGCUAUUUACACACAGGCUGGAACUUGCCAAGCACCAGCAAAUGGAAAGAGAAGAGAAACUCUACAAGUGCCCUGUGUGGGGGAACUGCUUCACCCAGGAUGUGACAUUUGUGCUUCAUGAAAAGGUGCAUACUGGGAAGAAAAAAAAUGGACGUGAAGAGUCAGGAAAAUAUUUUGCUGCCUGUUCACGUCUGGAGAACCACCAGAGAGUCUACACAGGUGAAAAGCCCUACAAAUGCCAUGUGUGUGGAAAAUCUUUCCCUCACAAUUCACACCUUGUGGUGCAUCACAGAGUCCACACAGGAGAGAAGCCACACAAAUGUCAGAUAUGUGGGAAGGGUUUUGCUUCAAAUUCUGCCCUUUUGAAACACCACAGAGUCCAUACAGGAGAGAAGCCAUACAAAUGCCAGCUGUGUGGGAAAUGUUUUGCUUCUAAGUCCGCUCUUUUGAAACACCACAGAGUCCACACAGGAGAGAAACCAUACAAAUGCCCUGAGUGUGGGAAAUGUUUUCCUCACAAUUCACAUCUGGUGAUGCACCAAAGAGUCCACACAGGGGAAAAGCCGUACAAAUGCCAGAAGUGUGGGAAGUGCUUUGCUUGUAAUGCAAACCUUGUGAAGCAUCAGGGAGUCCACACAGGAGAGAAACCCUACAAAUGCCUGCAAUGUGGGAAAUGUUUUGCUCAGAAUUCACAUCUUAUGAUGCACCGAAGAGUCCACACAGGAGAGAAACCAUAUAAAUGUCAGGAGUGUGGGAAAUGUUUUGCUUGCAAUGUUAACCUUAUGAGGCACCAAGGUGUCCAUACGGGAGAGAAACCGUACCAAUGUCAAGAGUGUGGGAAAUGUUUUGCUCAGAAUUCACAUCUUGUGACACAUCAGAGGGGUCACACAGGAGAGAAACCAUACAAAUGCCAGCAGUGUGGAAAAUGUUUUGCCUGCAGUUCAAGCCUGGUAAAGCACCAGCGAGUCCACACAGGGGAAAAACCAUACCAGUGCCAGGAGUGUGGGAGAUGCUUUGCUCAGAAGUCUGACCUUAUGAAGCAUCAGCGAGUCCACACAGGAGAGAAACCAUACCAGUGCCAGGAAUGUGGGAAGUGCUUUGCUCAGAAGUCAGAUCUUGUGAAGCACCGGGCAGUACACACAGGAGAGAAACCAUACAAAUGCCAGGAGUGUGGGAAAUGUUUUGCUCAUAAUUCGUACCUUGUAACGCAUCAGACUGUCCAUACAGGAAAGAAACCAUAUAAAUGUGACAAGUGUGGAAAAUGCUUUUCUUCCAGUUCAUCCCUUUUGAAACACCAUAGAGUCCAUGCGAGAGAGAAAACACAAGAGUUCUUGGAGUGGGAAAAAUGUUUUGCUCCUAAUUCAUACGUUAUGGGAGACCAUACUUUCUACACAGGAGAGAAACCGGUGGACAAGAUUUUGCUCAGAAUUGGCACUUUGUGACACAUCAUGAAAUCCACAGAGUAG